AAGAUUAGCAUUCAGAGUAAGAGCAGAUCAGCAAACUUCUGCAUCACUGCUGUAGACGUGAUAAAUUAACAACGGUUUUAACUCCAAAGUGAGUGCAUUCUGCAGCUAAAGUGAAUCACUUCAGUACUGCUGAAGUACCAUUUUCAGACAUUUUAACAAUUUUUCUGUGAAAUUGAGUGAUUUUACACUCUUGAUCUGCUGAACUGAUCAAACUGACAGGAUCACAGAUGGAGAAUCCAGGGUUCGAGAAGUCUAAAGACGAUCCUCCGCUGUACGAGGAGACGUCGUUUUCUGGUAACGGUUAUGGAAACAUGGAGCAUCGCUCCAUCAGGCCGUCGGUGGUGAGCGCGUUCGGCCACAACACGCUGGACCGAGUGCCUCACACCGACUUCUACAGGAAUGCUGGGAGUGUGAGCGGACAGCGAGCCAUCAGACCCUCACUGCAGGAGCUUCACCAGGUCUUCUACAAGAAUGGAGAUGUGGAUAUCCCCGACACGCUGGAUGACAGUGAAGGGAGCGAUGUUUUACCGAGUGAUGAUCUUGAAGCUCCUCCACCUCCAGAAAACACUGCAGGAGUGGUUAAAUUCGGCUGGAUUAAAGGAGUCCUGGUGAGGUGUAUGCUGAAUAUUUGGGGUGUGAUGCUUUUCAUUCGUCUCUCGUGGGUCUUUGGGCAAGCAGGAUCAGGUUUGGGGAUUAUUAUAGUUUUACUCAGUGUGGUGGUCACUACACUCACCUGUCUGUCCAUGUCAGCCAUCUGCACUAACGGAGUCGUACGAGGAGGAGGAGCAUACUAUCUGAUCUCGCGCAGUCUGGGCCCGGAGUUCGGCGGCUCUAUCGGUCUGAUCUUCGCCUUUGCUAACGCCGUAGCCGUAGCGAUGUACGUGGUGGGAUUUGCUGAGACGGUCGUGGAUCUGCUGAAGGACAAUAACGCCAUCAUGGUGGACGAAGUGAACGAUAUCAGGAUCGUCGGCUGCAUCACUGUGGUGCUGCUGCUCGGGAUCUCAGUAGCCGGGAUGGAGUGGGAGGCCAAGGCUCAGAUUGUGUUGUUGGUGAUUCUCCUGGUUGCCAUAGUGAAUGUGUUUGUGGGGACAGUGAUUCCCGCCACCAAGGACAAAAAAACCAAAGGCUUCUUCAGCUAUCAAGCCUCCAUCAUGGCCGAGAACUUUUCUCCAGAAUUCCGAGAUGGGGAAACGUUUUUCUCCGUCUUUGCCAUCUUCUUCCCGGCAGCGACGGGAAUUCUGGCAGGAGCGAACAUUUCUGGAGAUCUGAAGGAUCCUCAGGGCGCUCUUCCCAAAGGCACACUGCUGGCCAUCUUCAUCACAGGAAUGACGUACCUCGGCAUCGCACUGUGUGUUUCUGCUACAGUGGUGCGAGACGCCACAGGAAAUGCAAACGACACCAUCACUCCGGGUUCAAGCUGCAAUUUCUCAGCCGCCUGCAAUUUCGGCUACGACUUCUCCCCAUGUGCAGUCACCAAGUGCCAAUACGGCCUGAUGAACAACUUCCAGGUGAUGACGAUGGUGUCUGGGUUUGGACCCCUCAUCAUUGCAGGAACCUUCUCUGCUACGCUCUCGUCUGCACUCGCCUCCCUCGUCAGCGCUCCGAAAGUCUUCCAGGCUCUCUGUAAGGACAACAUCUACAAAGCGCUGCAUUUCUUCGCUAAAGGUCACGGUAAAAAUAACGAACCCAUCCGAGGCUACGUGCUGACCUUCCUCAUUGCCGUGGCCUUCAUCCUCAUCGCUGAGUUGAACGUCAUCGCUCCCAUCAUCUCUAACUUCUUCCUGGCCUCCUACGCCCUCAUUAACUUCUCCUGCUUCCACGCCUCCUACGCUAAAUCCCCAGGCUGGAGGCCGGGGUAUAAGUACUACAACAUGUGGCUGUCUCUGUUCGGGGCCGUGCUGUGCUGCGCUGUGAUGUUCGUCAUUAACUGGUGGGCUGCGCUUCUCACCUACGCCAUAGAGAUCUUCCUCUACAUCUACGUCACGGUCAAAAAGCCAGAUGUGAACUGGGGCUCCUCCACGCAGGCCGUGACCUUCGUGAACGCCGUGAACAACGCGCUGACUUUAUCAGGAGUGAAUGAACACGUUAAGAACUUCAGGCCUCAGUGCAUCGUGUUGACCGGACCUCCUAAAACCCGCCCGGCUCUGCUGGACCUCGCUCACUCCUUCACUAAAAACUUUGGUCUCUGCAUCACCUGCGAAGUGUUUGUGGGUUCUCGGGUGCAGCAGCAGCAGGAGCUCAGUGACUGUAUGGAAAAGAAUCAGCUGUGGCUCAAUCAGCAGAAGAGGAAAGUGUUUUACGCCGCCGUAACGACCGACAACUUUCGCGACGGAGCAGAGAGUCUGUUACAGGCGUCAGGAUUAGGAAGGCUUAGACCAAACACACUGAUGUUGGGGUUUAAGAGAGACUGGAAGACAGCAACAACAGAAGAUGUACAGGGAUAUGUCGGAGUUCUGCAUGAUGCGUUUGAUUUCGAAUAUGGAACGGUGAUUCUGAGGGUCAAUCAGGGACUGGACAUCUCACACAUCCUCGCAGCUGAAGAGGAGAUGGAGAGGAUGCUCCUGGAGCAGCAGGCGUUGGAGAUGGAGGAGAACGGCUUCCAGGAAGGAGGAAAAGGAUUUUUUAAAAGAUACAGAAAGUCAAAGAAAGAGCUGACUCCUAAAGUGGAGGUUCCGCAGUCAUCUGAUGUGUUGAAGAUAAACCAGCGUUUGGUGGAGGCCAGCUCUCAGUUUAAGAGGAAGCAGGGGAAAGGAACCAUCGACGUGUGGUGGUUAUUUGAUGAUGGAGGUCUGACGCUGUUACUGCCCUACAUACUGACCACGAGGAAGAAGUGGAGAGACUGUAAACUGCGUAUCUUCAUCGCAGGACAACCGGAACGCGUACAACAGGACAAAGAAGAAAUCCAGUCACUGCUGAAAAAAUUCAGGAUCAGAUGCAUUGACAUCACCGUCAUCACAGACCUCCACAUCAGGCCCACUUCCGAAAACUGGAAGCUGUAUGAGGACAUGAUCGCACCGUUCCGGCUGUAUGAAGGUUCUAAGGACACGGCUCAGGCUGAAGCUCUGAGGAAGGAGAACCCCUGGAAGAUCACUGAUGCUGAGCUCGACCGCUUCGAGGAGAAGACGAGUCUUCAGGUGCGUCUGAAUGAGUUGCUGCAGGAGAGCUCCAGAGCAGCUAAACUCAUCAUAGUGAGCUUGCCCAUUGCACGUAAAGGCUCUGUAUCUGAUCACCUGUACAUGUCGUGGUUGGAGGUUCUGACUAAAAACCUGCCUCCCACUCUGCUGGUGCGCGGAAACCACAAGAGCGUCCUCACCUUCUACUCAUAAAGCCGUGUUUCAGUCCUGCGCUCACUGCGUCCUCUCACACCGCUGUCUUUACAGCGCAUCUAACCUGUAGUGUCCAUACCUGUAGUGUCUACACCUGUAGUGUCCAUACCUGUAGUGUCUACACCUGUAGUGUCCAUACCUGUAGUGUCUACACCUGUAGUGUCCAUACCUGUAGCGUCUACACCUGUAGUGUCUACACCUGUAGUGUCUACACCUGUAGUGUCCAUACCUGUAGUGUCUACACCUGUAGUGUCUACACCUGUAGUGUCUACACCUGUAGUGUCCAUACCUGUAGCGUCUACACCUGUAGCGUCUACACCUGUAGUGUCUACACCUGUAGUGUCUACACCUGUAGUGUCCAUACCUGUAGUGUCUACACCUGUAGUGUCUACACCUGUAGUGUCCAUACCUGUAGUGUCUACACCUGUAGUGUCUACACCUGUAGUGUCCAUACCUGUAGUGUCCAUACCUGUAGUGUCUACACCUGUAGUGUCUACACCUGUAGUGUCCAUACCUGUAGUGUCUACACCUGUAGUGUCUAUAGCCUCGUGAUCACUUUCUCUCAUGACACUAAAUUUAAAUUAGUAGCUCAUUACGUCUUUCCUUCCACCUGAGAGCCAGGAAUGAGACACAGCCCAUGAACAGCACACUACUGCCCUCUAGUGGAACUGUAGCUCUAUAGUGAGAUUUUUAAUAGUGCAGGUGAUGAUUCGAAAGCUGAAAGUAAAUUACGAUGAAGGAUGACACGAUGAAGGAUGAAUAAAGAAUGUAAGAUUUAAUUAAUUGCUACAGAUAUAAAGAAGUAAAUCACUGAAUGGAUGGAUGAAUAAAUAAGGGUUGAAGGAAUAUGGCAGAUGAUAUUGAUGGAUAUUUGCAUGUAUGAAUGUGAAAAUUCAUGACGGAUAAUGGAUGGACAGAUGGACGAUGGAUAGACAGAUGGACGAUGGAUGGAGAAAGUGGGAGGAAGUGUAAUUACGAAGACACUGGGUGGUAUUUUAGAGGCUUGUAUUUCAGCUCUGAGGUUUUUGUAUAUUUUUAAAUGCACUUAGUGAAAAUACAGCUGGGGGAAAUAAAUAUAUACAUUUUGAUCAAAGACAGAUCUCUAUAUUUAUAAAAGCUUUGGGUUGCUUUUACUGAAUUAAUGAUUAAAUUUCACUCUGGAGAUUUUACAUAUCAUAAGUGUAUAUUCUUGUAAUUUACUCAAUAAAACAUUUAAAAACAUAA